AUGGUUGUACAAGAAAGGGGUGAAAAAAUACGUAAGCUAAGCAGGCUGACAACUGAAUGGAAGGUCAACAAAGAUGAAGCUGUGCGACUGAUCGACUUCCACAUCGUCUUGAAGAAUAUCGAAGCAGCACAACAAAUUCUCCAGCAAGCAGCGAUCGACUUAGCGUCCUGGGCUGUGGAAGAAAAAGUUGAGCCAUCGAAAGCGAACGCUAUUUUGGGUGCUUUUUGUUCGUCACCAUUCUCUCGUGCGAUUCAUCGAAGCAAUUAUGGUGAAAAAUUGGGUUGCUGCCGACGUCAUUGCUGC